AUGGUGUCCACGAUGAAGUUAGUAUUGACACUUCUAUUUUCUGGAAUUAUAACUAGUUGUAGAGGUAAUUCUACAUAUAAUUUGAUGCCCAGGUUACUCUUAGUAUCCUUUGAUGGCUUCAGGGCUGACUAUCUAAAGAAGUAUGAACUUCCUCAUCUUCGUAAUUUUAUUGAAGAAGGUGUUUUGGUGGAACAUGUUAAGAACGUUUUUAUCACAAAAACAUUUCCAAAUCACUACAGCAUAGUGACAGGCCUAUAUGAAGAAAACCAUGGCAUUGUGGCUAACUCAAUGUUUGAUGCAGACACACAGAAAAUUUUUUCAGAAUCUAAAGACAAAGAUCCUUUUUGGUGGAAUGAAGCAACUCCCAUUUGGGUAACCAAUCAGCUUGAGGAAAACAAAACAAGUGCUGCUGCAAUGUGGCCUGGUACUGAUGUGGCUAUCCACAAUACAACUCCUGCCUAUUUUAUGAAUUAUAAUCCUUCAGUAACAUUUGAUGAGCGAUUAGGCAAUAUUACUAAAUGGCUGAACAGCUCAGACCCUCUGGUUACCUUUGCAACACUCUAUUGGGAAGAACCAGAUGCAAGUGGACACAAAUAUGGACCUGAGGAUAAAGAGAAAAUGAGUGCUGUAUUGAAAGAAGUAGAUAACCACAUUGGCUGCCUUGUCAAUAAACUUAAGACAUUGGGAUUGUGGGAAGACCUUAAUGUCAUCAUUACAAGUGAUCAUGGGAUGACCCAGUGUUCUAAGGAUAAAUUGAUAAGAUUGGAUCCCUGCAUCGAUCGCUCAAACUACAGUAUAGUAGACACAACUCCUGUUGCUGCAAUACUGCCUAAAGAAAAUCAAACAGAUGUUUUUAAAAAGCUAGAAAAAUGCAAUCCUCACAUGAAAGUCUAUCUUAAAGAUGAUAUUCCAGGAAGAUUUCAUUACCAGCACAAUGGACGAAUUCAGCCAAUUCUUUUGGUUGCUGAUGAAGGCUGGACAAUUAUGUUUGAUGAAUCAUUUAAAUUAGGUGACCAUGGUUAUGAUAAUGCUUUGCCAAGCAUGCAUCCAUUCCUGGCUGCCCAUGGCCCUGCCUUUCACAAAGGCUACAAGCACAACACAAUUAACAUUGUAGAUAUUUAUCCUAUGAUGUGUCACAUCCUGGGAUUAAAACCACAACCAAACAAUGGAACCUUUAGUAACACUAAAUGUUUAUUAGCUGAUCAGUGGUGCAUAAAGCUCCCAGAAGCUAUCGGAAUAGUGAUUGGUGCCCUUCUCGUGUUAACUACUUUGACCUGCCUCAUCAUUAUCAUGAAAAACAAACUGUCUGUUCCACGUCCAUUUUCCCGACUUCAACUACAAGAAGAAGAUGAUGAUGAUCCUUUGAUUGGAUAGCCUGUGCAAAGUUUUGACUUUGUGUCUUGAAGCAGUCAUUUGAAUUAGUCAUCAGAGUAGUCAUCAAAUUUAGGAGAAUUAUGCUGGAUGGUAUAUCAGCAAAAGGUACACUUUCAAAGAAUUACAAAAGAUUUAGACCAAACAUGUUAACAGUGGUUUUACUAUAUAUAUUUCGGUGUGUUAGCAAAUAUAAACUAUUCUGACUAAACAUAGAUAAAUUCACUAUACAAGCCAAAAAGUGAUCUCUUUUGCUAACUUAGAAAAGUCUGUCGUAUGGAUUAUUUAUUCCACUUUUUUUUUGCAACUUAUUGCACCUUCAAAUACCAAAUCUCAGUAAAUAUCUAGAUCUCUAGUGAAUUUUUAUAUUUGUAAAUGAAACAAAAUUCUUCAUGCAAUUCUUGCACAUUCAUGUAUCAGGGAGAAAAGAGUUUCUAUAUUUUUGUAUUAAUCUUUAAUAAGACCUUUCCCCUCAAGUAGUAUAUACAUAUGGUGAAUUGUUUUCUGUGACCUAGAGAUAGGAAAUAAGAAAGCAGAGAAAGCAGUGAUUCUUAGAAAUGGUAAUUUGAGUUAAAUUUUUCCUAACUAGUGUGUAUUUGUUACCAUUGUUGAGAAGUAUUUCUUAUUUUAUGACUUUAAUCUGCUGAUGUCUUACACAUACUCUUUAUAGAAUUGUACUUAAUUAGAAAUGUGGGAGAAAGUAUGACAAGUGUGACAAUGUAUUAUAUAUUUUAUUUAAUGCCUUUUCUGCAAAAUUUACAAUGUAUUUAGUGUCUAUAUGGCACCUGGCAUUUUUUUUUCCUAAAGAGAGAAUCAGACAACUUAAUGUUAAAGUCUAUAGGCUUUCAAAUGACCAUCUUUUUGCACUUUAACUUAGUCCAUCCUAUCUUUGUAACUCAUAAAUUAAAACUAUACUUUUUAAAAAAAUCACUGGUUUUGGUUACCAUUGCUAACUUUCUCAUGUUACUUAUUUUAACAUCUGAUAUCCUGUUACUGGGUAAUAUAUGAAUAUCAGGUCUAAGAAGUUCUCUCUUCCCUUUGAACAUCACAGAUUUUUAAUAUUCUUGGUAGCUCAGCUUUCCAGAUGUUUGGAUAGUUCAAAGAACUAGUAGUGAGAUUUCGGACCUUUUUACCUUAUUUUUAUGUGUCAUCUUUGAAGAAUAAACAAUAUUUACACUGUGA